GCUACCAUCACCACCAUUUUGUUCAGUAGAAAGAUACAUUCCAGACCAUGGCUUUCCGUUCACUGGCGACUGGCAAAACCCUAGCCCUAGGGCUGAAAGCGGCUGAGGGCAGGCUUUUAGCCUCAGGGGUGGCUCAAUCGCGCUCGUUGCAUACCUUCUCGCUCCCUGAUCUGCUGUACGAUUAUGGCGCACUUGAACCGGCUAUCAGUGGAGAGAUUAUGCAACUCCAUCACCAAAAGCACCAUCAGACUUACAUCACCAACUACAACAAGGCUCUCGAGCAGCUCCACGAUGCCAUCGCCAAAGGUGACUCUGUCACCGUUGUUAAGCUGCAGAGUGCUAUCAAAUUCAACGGUGGAGCUCCUAAAUGGCUUGAAGGAGGGGGUGAACCACCAAAAGGAUCAUUGGGUUCAGCUAUCAAUACCCAUUUUGGUUCUCUGGAGUCAUUGGUGCAAAAGAUAAAUGCUGAGGGUGCUGCUUUACAAGGCUCUGGAUGGGUGUGGCUUGGAGUGGACAAGGAACUGAAGAAACUUGUGGUUGAGACAACUGCAAACCAGGAUCCACUGGUUACUAAGGGGUCAAAUUUGGUUCCUUUGGUUGGAAUUGAUGUUUGGGAGCAUGCAUACUACUUGCAGGUAAUUUUUCGAUGGAUGAUUUGUGCCGAGUAGUGACACUCAUAUGUGGUUGUGUUACUUGAAAAUGUUAGUAACAUUGAUUAAUGGCUUUAUUCAUGAUCAACCAGCUAAUGUCAAAAUAGCAAUAUCCAUGUUAUUCAAUUAUCCUCUAAUUUGUUUAUGGCUCUCAGUCACAAUUAUGAAUUAAGUUUUAAAGACAUAAAGAUAUUGAAAGUUGGUUGCCGCAUUUUUGAGUAGUAUUAGACGAGGGAAAGAGGUGUUGUCAAAAAAAUCUGUAAGUAGAUCUUGGGACUGAAAAUUUUCCAUGGUGGUAAGGGCUUGCC